AUGCGGUGCAUGUUACUUAUUCCAGAUUUUGUUUUUGUAGCUGUGGUGUUGAUCAUGUCACUCUUUAAGAAGACUUAUGGGUCCAAUAUUAAGUAUCACCAUGCCCGUAGAGGGAAAGAAGCUGUAUUUGAAGAUCAAUAUGGUGACGACGAGAAGUCGUAUAGCGAUUUAAAUUGGUAUCUCAGGCCCAUGAUUUACUUGGACGCUACUUUUCUCAUUGGUAGGUUCAGGGGUACUUUGAUGGCUGCAGCAUGUGUCAAUGGAAAUGAUGGUUUUUACCCAUAUGCCUUUGCUAUUGUUUUAUCUGAAAACAAAGACAAUUGGUUUUGGUUUCUGGAUAAUCUUCAACAAGUGGUCGAUGAUCGUCCGAUUGUUUUCCUUAGUGAUCGUCACGAAGGACUUCUGCAGGGCAUUCCCAGAGCAUUUCCUGCAGCGAACUUUGAAGAAGCUUUGCGGGGCAUGCAUGCAAUUGGUUGUGGACAUGUUGCUAAUUAUCUCGGGACCAUUCCAAAGGAGAAAUGGGAAAAUGCAUUUUUCCAUGUAUGCAGAUAUGCUGCUCACUCUUCAUCUAUUGUCGAGUCAUUCAAUAACUGGAUUCUUGAGUUCAAAAAGCUGUCUGCUUUUUCUCUUCUCGAUGUGAUACGUUUGAAGGUUAUGCAGAUGAAUUCUAAGAGAAGGGUAGAAGGUCUUGAAAAUUUUAACACUAGACUCACUCCCGUAUACGAGGAUUUACUAAACGAGAACAUCAACAUUGGUCGUACUUGGACUGUUGUUGAGUCUAUGGAAAGAUUAUAUGAAGUCAGGUCUCCCCGCACUCAUUCUGUAGAUCUGUUGGAGAGAACUUGUACGUGUCACAGGUGGCAAGUAAAUGGUUUUCCCUGUGCACAUGCUUGUGCUGCCAUUCAAUCUACAAGGGAGGACAUCUAUUCAUUUGUUGAGCCACACUUCACCACUGAAUGGUACAACAGGACAUACCAAGAGAUCAUCUUGCCAAUCCCCAAUUAUGACAAGCCGCAGUCUUAUGAUCCUAGUGAUAGGAUUAUUGUUCCUAUUCCUGUGCCUCCACCCGGUAGACGAAGAGAACAACGUUUCAAGAAGGCUUGGGAAAAGAAAAAGAGGCCUAUGAUGUGCACAAAGAGCUUCACUCUUGGUCACCACAACAGAGCUACCUGCCCCAUGCCUUGA